AGUACAAAACCACAACGACAUGUCAAUCUGUACAGAGCUGGUAGCUUGCGCGCUGAGCUGUAGAUAGUGAGGCUAAGCUGUGCGCAAGUAUCAAUCCGAGUCAAGACUGCUUCACACUAUGACGAGCUGAAAAUGAGUCAUACAGGCUCAAACAUACCCGCCAUCUUCUGUGUACAAAUGACUCACCAGCACCGGCCAUUCUGGUGACACAGAAAACAUAUAAGGAACCCAAAGUCUGCCCUUUUGCCAUUCUCUUCUUCACUAUAACCACACCUUCAAAAGAUCUUGAUCUUCUACUUUGCCUAUUCCCACAAGAUGAACGCACUGUCUGAGAUUGCUGUUAACCACGGCCUGGCUCGCGAGGACUCACCCUCCUCUCGUCGCCAGAAGCUCUUUGAUACCGAAGGUGGGACUGCUAAAGGCCCGGGAGGAGCUCCCCAAAACAUGGACUCACGCCUGCAAAGCAAGGCCAUCCCUACAUAUCCCUUCUACCAACUGGCGUCGCCAUCUGCCUUCUCUAUCUCUUCCGUCGCCUCUGUUCAACCUGUUCAAGAGGAUGUUCUGCCUUUCACCUCCACUCACACUACCACUACCACUACCACUUCUACUUCCGCUUCUACUCACUUUCCCGUGACGCCAUACAACUCCAACUUCCUUGGUGACAGCAUGCUCUCGUUUUAUUCCUUGGCAAGUGGCAACGAUGCUACUCCAUUCCAGUCUGCCAUUACGCUGGUCGAGGAUUCGUCUCGCCGUCGUUCGUGGGCUGAGAGUUUUCUUUCCUUGUUCCAUAUGAACGAGAAGCUGCCUGUCGAGCCUGAGGCGAUUGCGAAUCCUUACAAUGGUUUCUGGCGCUCAACGUCCACCAUCGCCAUCGACAAUACCUUAGAGGAAGCUGCCUUAGAGGAAGCUGGAGAUGAGGACGAUGAUGACUACGACCUAUCUGUCUACGAUGACGACUUCCUACUCUAUAGCGAUGUGGAUGAUUUCACCACGAUAACUAGCAUCUCGGCACUUCCUGCCCUUGGUUUCCGCACUCGGCCUUGGGUUGACAGCUAUCUGUCGCUUCUCCAGCCAUGCGAGCCCCGCGUAAUUCCAAACCAUAGCGAGAACACAACCACCCAACAGCCUAGUGGCCCUGAAUUCCGCUACCCCGUGCCAGUCUGGCUUGGGCAAUACAUUGCAGUAGCCCGCAUAGCCCAACCAGAUGUUGCAAUUGAUGAACUGAUUGAGCUGUAUGAGGCAUCCAAGUUCAUGCUCGAUGAAAACGGAGAUCCACUAAAGAUGCUUCCAGCAGAGGCGUUGCCCGAGCCCAGUUGCAAAAGGCGUGGCUGGAGGAGGGCAUUGAAGAAGGCGGCCAUUAAGGUCUGCGCCAAAUUCAAACAGAAAACGAUGCACGCAAAUGGAUGCACAGCAGACAGAGUGUCGUCCACGAAUGGCCCGCUCGAGCAGGAGCAGGAACAGGAAGAAGAGGUAGAGCAGAAACCUGCCAAGCUGAGAAGACGAACAAAUUUAGCUUGCAAAGUUGUAUCGCUCUUCAAGAGCAAGGUCAAGCGAUCGAUAAACGCUUGAGCGUCGCAAGCUCGAGAAGCAGGCAAACUUGCCAUGCCUAGUUGUAUCGCUCUCCAAGUGCAGCGCAAAGGUGGUGAGCCGUAUUAUUUUGGCGUCGUUGUUGGUAGCCGCGCUAGAGACAACUUGAUGGGGGAACACUACCUUUGUGCGUCAGGUACUGCUGGGAUUUCUGUCCAGACUUGUGGCAGAGGCUUUCAUUGUGGUUCAAUUGUUGCAUCUUCUUUCUGUUGCCAGCGUCGAUGUUUUGUUUCUAGUGUGUUCAUGAUCGUGUUUUAGCGUAG